CCGCCGCGAUGCUGGGUGUCGUGGAGCUACUGCUGCUCGGGGCGGUGUGGCUGGCGGGCCCGGCUCGGGGGCAGAAUGAGACGGAACCCAUCGUGCUGGAGGGCAAGUGCCUGGUGGUGUGCGACUCCAACCCCACGUCCGACCCCACGGGCACAGCGUUGGGCAUCUCUGUGCGCUCCGGCAGCGCCAAGGUGGCCUUUUCUGCCAUCAGAAGCACCAACCACGAGCCCUCCGAGAUGAGUAAUCGCACCAUGAUCAUCUACUUCGACCAGGUACUAGUGAACAUCGGGAACAACUUUGAUUCAGAACGCAGCACUUUCAUCGCCCCGCGCAAAGGGAUCUACAGUUUUAACUUCCACGUGGUAAAAGUCUACAACAGACAGACCAUCCAGGUGAGCCUGAUGUUAAACGGGUGGCCGGUGAUUUCAGCUUUCGCCGGUGACCAGGACGUGACCCGGGAGGCCGCCAGCAACGGAGUCCUUAUCCAGAUGGAGAAAGGCGACCGGGCCUACCUCAAGCUGGAGCGGGGCAACCUGAUGGGCGGCUGGAAGUACUCGACCUUCUCCGGGUUCCUCGUGUUUCCCCUCUGACGGCCUCGUCUCCGGAGCAGGAGGCCGGGAGCGGGCGAGGCAGGAGGAGAGGGGGGAUGAGCAGGAGGCCGACACGUAAAGGACUCGAAACUCCCCCCAACGUAACGCAACUGUAUCCUGCGAAAGGCGCGCGCAGGCGGCCCGCGGAGGCGGUGGGACGACUGUGUCCGGUUACUCAUUUGGAUAAGUAGAUCCCAGCUAGCUCUGCGCACUCCCCUUUCCAAAAAUAGGCUGCCUCCCCCUUCCAGUUGCAGUGUGGGAGGAAGAGAGAGACCGCCUCAUCGGUCUUCACCGCCCCCCUGUCCCCGUUCCCCACGAGUUACCGAAAAGAAACUUUGUAUUUCACUGUAGAACGGGAAAUGCCGUCCCUCCCGCGUCCCCUGCUGAAAUCCAAUGCGCCCCUCCCCCGUCUUAGCCGCAGGGGGGUAAGUUUGUAUUUUUAUUUCGUGAUGGAGGCGGCGGUUUUUCAUUUGGCGAGUCCUGCUCUACUCACAACACCGCUCAAGAGUCCUUUAGCUGAAGAUACUUCGUCCUCGGCUGCUGCUUAGCAGAGAAAGGACUCACCUGGGUGGUGACUGGUUUAAAAAUAUAUAUAUAAAUAUAUAUAUAUCAUUUGUACACGAAGGACUUCCCAGUGGACACCGGCCGUGUUUCCGUAUUUCUAUGUCCCCAUUCGGAGUGAUCGUGAAACCCAAGGCUGCUUGAUAUUCUGACGCUUGUCGACCCCCUCGUGUUCUGUGGCUCCAACUAACCACCGCCGGGAGGUUCCUCUGGACCCUUCGGCAUCCGUCCUCUGUAACAUACGUGUGAAUAGCCAGGAGUUCAAUUUGCUUUCAUCCAAUAAAGUUGAAGUGGGACUUUUCUUUUUCUGACACCGCUUUGUCAACUCCGCAUCUCCCCCAGCUGCGAGGUUUGAGGGUCGGGGUGCAGAAGGGCGAGGCUCCGAAUGUGGGGGGCGGGCUAGCCUGCGACCCUGCAACCAGGUCAGCUGCGAGGGCUACCGCGCCCAGCCGCCCAAGCGCGCGCCUCCCCGCACCAGGCCUGGGGCCAGCCCUGCUCUCGCCUGUGUUCCCUGCUUUGGCGCAAACAUAAGAAAUUUGACCGAAAUCUUAGUAGGCCAGGCGGGGCUGCCGGCCGGAAGCUUUUUUGAAGUCCACGUACACUGGGAAUAACGCGGAUCGCAGGAGCUGGAACCCGCUGCCCGGAGGGACGCGCUUCCCACGCCUUUGCCCCUGGGCGGCUCCCGCCAUGCGCUCCCGCUGCGCGCUCCCCGGUCCAAACGGCUUUUCCUUCCCGCUGCUCCAAGUCCAGGGCCUGCCCUCCAUACCGGCCUGGCACCCGGGACUGGCGCUCAUCACUGGACUCUUGGUCAAGAGGUUCCUUUAGGAGUGUUGAUUGUACGGAACAGAAUGUGAAAGCAAAAUUGAAAUAAAC